CUCCUUCAAACGCCCAUCAUGGAGGUCCCUCCUCUUCUCAGGCUCCUGAUAUUGCUCUAUCUAUUCAAUCUUACUGGCUCUCCUUUCUUGGCUGUUGUUGAUGCUCGGCAACAAUGUAGACUACAAGCUCCUCAAGAUCAGGCUGAGUUUGCCUCGCCGAAUGACCCGUUUCCGUCUCCUGGCUCAAAUGGUACCAAUAACGGGACAAGCUCCAAUGGCACCACUACAAACCCCGCUAUCACACCAUUUGCAUAUGGCACGGACAAGAUCCGAGGAGUAAACUUAGGAGGAUGGUUCGUUCUUGAGCCAUGGAUAACCCCUAGUAUAUUCGAGAACACGGGGAACGAUGACAUAAUUGACGAAUUCACCUUCGGGCAGCACCUGAACUCAAGUUAUGCCCAGCAGGUUCUUCAGCAGCAUUGGAACACCUGGAUAACUGAGGAUGACUUCAAAGCAAUCAGAGCAGCUGGUCUCAAUCAUGUUCGAAUACCUCUUGGGUAUUGGUCCGUUCCGAUGGACGAUAACGAGUCGGUCUCGCCCUAUAUAGCAGGUGCAUGGCCUUAUUUCCUUCGAGCGCUUAACUGGGCAAAAAGCAAUUCUCUGAACGUAAUUGUGGAUCUACACGGAGCGCCCGGUUCACAGAAUGGUUAUGACAACUCUGGACAGCGCACGAACAACCCUGUUUGGGCAACCGGCGAUGGAAACGUAAACCGAACAAUAGAAAUUCUUUCUUUCAUUGCGGAAAAAGCUGGUGGGAUGAUAGAUGUUCUUGAGCUUCUCAAUGAAGCUGCUGGGUUUAUUAGCAGCGAAUGGGCAACGACGAUCCGGCAAUUUUGGCAAGAUGGGUACAAUGCCGUUCGUCAGGCAGCAGGGUCCGGCAUGAAAAUCAUGAUAGGAGAUGCCUUCCUCACGGUGCAGAACUGGGAGAACUUCUUGACAUAUCCCUCGUCUCAGGGGGUCAUGAUGGAUAUCCAUGAAUACCAAAUAUUCAGUGUCGAAGAGCUGCAGAGGUCAAAUGACGAACAUAUAGACUUCGCGUGUUCACUUAUCCCAGGUCUUGCGGACUAUGACCAAAAUGACUUGUGGACUAUCGUCGGAGAAUGGUCAACGGCAAGUACAGACUGCGCACAGUGGCUAAACGGCAGGGGAAUCGGCUCUCGGUGGGACGGUACCUACCCAGGUUCAGGCACACCCACGCUGGGCUCGUGUGCUGGCUUAACAGGUAACUCUGCGAACUUCUCUAGUGACUUCAAGUCGUAUCUCCGCAAAUAUUGGGAAGUUCAAGUGGACAUUGGAGAAUCUGUCUCGGGAUGGAUAUAUUGGACUUGGAAGACUGAGAGUGCUGACGAAUGGAGCUAUCAGAAGGGUCUUGAGGGAGGUUGGAUCCCGCAAGAUCCGACUGAAAGGCUCUAUCCAGGACUAUGCAACAACACGAGUGGAUAAUCAUUAGAUUUCUUGAUAUACACGACACACCAAAGACAGGACUCACGCUAGAACCACAACGCUGCUUAUUAUACAUACACACUUGUACGACACCGAGGAGGAGCACUAAUACUGUUGUAGUACAUAAUAUAUUAGCAAACCUUUCUUGUUUUAGGGAUCUGGAGCUGGAUCUGAGCACACGGUGGGAUGCGGGUCUCUGGCCUAAUUUCUGGUCCUUGGUGUUUCGGCAAUGCUCGACUCUUCUUUGAUGAAGGCGAUACCGUUGAUGAAUUAGAUACACACGUACGUCCCGUCAAAAAAAUUACAAAUUCAGGUCCGCUAGUGCAAUGUACUGUAUGUAUGCGUGUACAGUUGGUUCCGAGGGAGGAAGCCUCGAAGGCGAAGACGCUGACUACGGAGAAGCGUAAAUCGGGAGAACAUUCCAGCAUCCCACAUUCCCGAGCACAGGAACCACUGGCAUGUGUAUGGGCAGGGACGGACGAAGGACGAACCAGUAGAAAAGGAUGCCACAAUCAGCAAUUACCGACGCAUCUAGCGUGCUGGGUGUGCAUGCAUGUAUGUAUUCGUCAGCCUUCAGUCUUGUUUUUGCUUCCGCGGGUAAUCUCGAGUGGCCACGCGUUCAGUGCACAUUAGUACUAGUUACUUACGCUAUUCAGUUUGUAUUGUGUCGCUUGUAAUUGUAUUGGU